AUGACUGCUGCUAGUGAAUCUAAAUACUCUGCAGAGGUUCUUUCCGAGUUAUUAGCCAAGUUACAAGUUGCUGAUAACAAGGAUGAAGCUGCUACAAAUAUUGCAACUUUCUUAAACUCAUCGAUUGUUGAACACGAUGUUCCAGUUGAGUUUUUUGACGACUUAAAGAAGCAAUUGCAAUCUAAGGACGCAAAAAUCGUUGUUGCCGCUUUGGACGCUUAUAAGCACAUCUCCUCAGCUAAUGACUUGUCCCCUUCAGUUGAACCAUAUAUUGUUGAUUUGGUAGAUUUAGUCGCUACCAAGGCUGGUGAUAAGAACAAGGAUAUCCAAGUUGCUGCUUCAAACGCUUUGUUGGCUAUCGCAGCUGCUAUUACCCCUACAGCUGUAAAGGCAAUCUUGCCUAAAUUGGUCAAAAAUUUACAAAAUACUAAUAAAUGGACCGAAAAAGUUGCUAUAUUGGCUGCUAUUUCUCAAUUGGUUGAUACCGCCAAGGCUCAAAUCGCCUUGAGAAUGCCGGAAUUGAUUCCAAUUUUAUCGGAAACUAUGUGGGACACCAAAAAGGAAGUUAAAGAUGCUGCUACCAAAACAAUGUCCAAGUGUACUGAAACCAUUGAUAAUAAGGAUAUUGAAAAAUUCAUUCCUAAAUUAAUUGAAUGUAUUGCUAAACCAACUGAAGUUCCAGAAACCGUUCAUUUGUUGGGUGCAACCACUUUUGUUUCCGAAGUUACCAUGGCUACCUUGUCCAUUAUGGAACCAUUGUUAUCAAGAGGUUUAGCUGAAAGAGAUACCGCAAUUAAGCGUAAAGCCGCUGUUAUUGUUGAUAACAUGUGUAAAUUGGUUGACGAUCCACAAGUUGUUGCUCCAUUUUUGGAAAAAUUGUUGCCAGCUUUGAAGUCUAACUUUGCCAACAUGGCAGAUCCAGAAGCCAGAGACGUUACCAACAGAGCUUUGAACACUUUGAGAAGAGUCGGUGCUAUUGGCGACGAUGACAAGAUCCCCGAAAUCUCUACUGCAGGUGAUGUAGAAGUUACCUUGGGUGAAUUAAACAAGUUGUUGGAAGGAAAAGAAAUCGCCAAGAGAUUCAAUACUGCCUUAAACUAUAUUGCUGCUAUUGCUGGUGAUUUGGUUGACGAAAGAGAAAUUCAACCAGAAGCUUGGUUACAAAACGUUUUGCCAUUUGCUACAAUCUUUUUACACGAAAAGGAAGGUAAGGAUAUCAUUGAAGAAUAUAGAAAAAGAGCUAUUGACAAUAUUCCACAGCCACCAUCCUUUGAAGAUGAGGAAGAUGAAGGUGAAGACUUGUGUAACUGUGAGUUUUCAUUGGCUUAUGGUGCCAAGAUUUUGUUGAACAAGACUCAAUUCAGAUUAAAGAGAAACAGAAGAUAUGGUUUAUGUGGUCCAAAUGGUGCUGGUAAAUCUACAUUGAUGAGAGCCAUUGCUAAUGGACAAGUUGAAGGUUUCCCAACUCAAGACGAAUGUAAGACUGUGUAUGUUGAGCACGAUAUUGACGGUACUCACGCUGAUACAACGGUUGUUGACUUUGUUAUUGAAGAUGGUGAAGUUGGUUUGACCAGAGAAUCUGUUGAAAACAAAUUGAGAGAGUUUGGUUUUGCAGAAGAGAUGAUCACUAUGCCAAUUCAAUCAUUAUCCGGUGGUUGGAAGAUGAAGUUGGCUUUAGCCAGAGCCGUGUUGAAAAACGCUGAUAUCUUGUUAUUGGAUGAACCAACUAACCACUUGGAUACUGUUAACGUUGCUUGGUUAGUCAACUACUUGCAAACAUGUGGUAUUACUUCCAUUAUUGUUUCCCACGAUUCUGGAUUUUUGGACAAAAUCUGUCAAUACAUUAUCCACUAUGAAGGUUUCAAAUUAAGAAAAUACAAGGGUAACUUGUCUGAAUUUGUCAAGAAAUGUCCAUCAGCCCAAUCAUACUAUGAGUUAGGAGCUUCUGAUUUGGAAUUCAAGUUCCCAGAACCAGGUUUCUUGGAAGGUGUGAAGACAAAACAAAAGGCAAUUGUCAAGGUUUCCAACAUGACUUUCCAAUAUCCAGGUACUUCAAAACCUCAAAUCAGAGAUAUCAAUUUCCAAUGUUCAUUAUCAUCGAGAAUUGCUGUCAUUGGUCCUAAUGGUGCUGGUAAAUCAACUUUGAUCAAUGUCUUGACUGGUGAAUUGUUACCAACCUCUGGUGAAGUUUAUGUUCACGAAAACUGUCGUAUUGCUUAUAUCAAACAACACGCUUUUGCUCAUAUUGAUAACCACUUGGACAAGACUCCAUCUGAAUAUAUCCAAUGGAGAUUCCAAACUGGUGAAGAUAGAGAAACCAUGGAUAGAGCUUCAAGACAAAUCAAUGAAGAAGAUGAACAAAACAUGAACAAGAUCUUCAAAGUUGAAGGUACUUUAAGAAGAGUUGUUGGUAUUCAUGCAAGAAGAAAAUUCAAAAACUCUUAUGAGUAUGAAAUUUCAUGGUCUUUGGGUGAAAAUGUUGGUUUGAAGAAUGAAAGGUGGGUUCCAAUGAUGUCUGUUGACAACACAUGGUUACCAAGAGGAGAAUUGAUGGAAACACACGCCAAGUUGGUUGCUGAAGUUGAUAUGAAGGAAGCUUUAGCCUCUGGACAAUUUAGACCAUUAACCAGAAGAGAAAUUGAAGAACAUUGUUCCAUGUUGGGAUUGGAUGCUGAAUUAGUUUCACACUCGAGAAUCAGAGGUUUAUCUGGUGGUCAAAAGGUCAAAUUGGUUUUGGCUGCUUGUACAUGGCAAAGACCACACUUGAUUGUUUUGGAUGAACCAACCAACUAUUUGGAUCGUGACUCAUUGGGUGCAUUAUCCAAGGCUUUGAAGGCUUUUGAAGGUGGUAUUGUUAUCAUCACACACUCUGCCGAAUUCACUAAAGAUUUGACUGAAGAAGUUUGGGCUGUUUUGGAUGGUAGAAUGACACCAUCUGGUCACAACUGGGUCCAAGGUCAAGGUUCUGGUCCAAGAAUUGAAAAGAAGGAAGACGAAGAAGAUAAAUUCGAUGCUAUGGGUAACAAGAUUGCUGGUGGUAAGAAGAAGUCUAAAUUGUCGUCAGCUGAAUUGAGAAAGAAGAAGAAGGAAAGAAUGAAGAAAAAGAAGGAAUUGGGUGAUGCUUAUGUAUCCGAAGAUGAUGAAGAUUUUUAG